GCUCAGCUCAAGGCACUUGCACGUGAGUUGUCCCAUUCUUGCGUUUGACUUUUUUUUCUUCGCCCUUAGAUUAUGCAGCGCGAAUGAAUGCCUUCUUGCGAAGAAUCAAAGGAUUAAUUAUAGCUUAGCAUGCUUACCAUAUAAAAGCCGUCACUCUCUCCUUUUCAUCAUCAGCUUCUCUGACCAACAAAGAUGGCAGCUUCGAUACCGUCCUCCUCUCGAAGCCUAUUGGCACAAUGCAUUCACCCUUUACGAUCUUCCUCUUCUUCAUCUCUGCGUCGGGUUAGUGCAACUAGAUUCGUUCAACAAUCAAGGAGACAACUGCAUUCCUUGCCUAGCUUGCCUGCAAAUUUGAAAGAAGGCGACGGUUGUGAACCUCUGUUCAGCUCACAAACUGUUCGACUUCUGUGGGAUGAUUGGCAUGCUGGACUUUUGAACAAAUUAAACGAUGAAGUUCGCGGAACGCCCUGGGAGAAUUCCAGUAUUGUAGAAACUGUAAUCGGAACUGCACAAGAUCCUUCGCAAAUUCAAGCAUUCAAUUAUGCCUCAAUGGCAUUGAACAAUAGUUUCUUCUUGAACGGAUUACGAUCAAAACAAUUACCACAAGGAACGCGGCAUUGGGCAGACUCACCUCCAGGAAGUCCUCCAAGGGCAAUCUCAAGCGCUAUUGAAAGAAGCUUCGAUUCAUUACCAGCAUUCAAAUUGGCAUUCUCUUCUGCCGCAUAUGGAAUGUCAGGAAGUGGAUAUGUUUGGUUGGUACAAGAUCGUCACCAAAAUAUGGGUAUCGUGCCUACCUUUGGAGCAGGAACGGUAUUGGUACAAAAUCGCGUGCAACGUUUUGAGGAGAGUAAUCCAGCCUUGUUUGCAACCAGCAACACAGUCGCAAGUUCUACCAACAACAGCACCAAUGGCGCACAGGUUGUCAAGGAUUCCGAAUUUAAUGGUGACAGUGGAAGUACUGCUGGAUCUUCUCCUACUUCCCCAAGAAGACUUUUCUUGCCUUCUUCAGCUCCUUCAGAUAUUGAAGGGUUGGGCGAAGAAUUAUUCCCGCUACUAUGUGUUUCCGUUCAUGAAAGAGAUUGGCUACCGGAUUACGGUAUGUGGGGAAAAGAGGAAUACUUGAUGCGUUUUUGGGAAUGCGUUAAUUGGAACCGUGUUAACGAGCUUCAUAAUUCAUACAAUAGCGUCGCUUAAGGGUAC